UUUACUACUUUACUACACAACGCUCCAUGAAGCGAUUUAGAAUUACUACUGUCACGUUUUGUAACUUAGGAAAAUUCAUUGCAUUGAGCAAGUAACCACUACGGCACAGCUCAAUAAAAUUUAUGUUCUAGAAUAAUUUCUUUCGAUAUGAUGACACUGCCUUUAAUUGUAUACCUCACUACAAUUGUCAAAAACAUAUGGAUCGAUAGCACCAGACAGUGUGAGUGAAUACGAUGCACCAACGAAAAAAAACAUCUAGUUGGAAAAUACAGUAUUGAUUUAGUGCUUACAUAUUACCAACAUCUAGAUUACCUGUACCCAAGCUCCGGUUAUUGAUUUUGCCGAGAGCUUGUUGCUUGAAGCUGCGUUCGGCCCGUGUCGGCGCCUGCUCGCCAUGGAGGAAACAAAGUCAAUUCUUCACGAGCUGUAUGUGUUUUCGGAGUGGAAGCCGGAGCCUGAGUACCUGCAAAAACCAGAUAGUCUUUUGCCAGAAAAUAUCUCAGCACUAUGGCGUUGGCUGAAGUUCUUCGGGCCUAAGAAAAGCCUUAUCGAUAGUGUUACAGCUCAUAAAGAGCGUCAACAAAAAUGGCACAUUGCUCUCGGGGAUGAGGGCAAAGUGAUAGCCGUUUUAACCGAUAAUAUAUUAGAGAUCAGAACAAAGAGGUCUGAAUAUGCCACAAUCGCUGCUAGGACUACAGUAAGUCGCGAUGCGUACUCGCAAUGGCGCAAGUUGGUCUGGAGCCCCGACUGCUCGUUCGUGGUUGUCGCUUACGGGAAUGGAAUCGUCAGCUUCUACGACCUCACUGCAUCGAACCUGUUCAACAUACCUGCUGACUGCAACCGGCCGGGCGGGUUGGAGUGCACUGACAACACCCAUGCAGUUGCUGAUGUUAUAUUUAUGCCUUUACGGGUGAAGGACAACAAAUGGAGCUGGGAGGUGCUAGUAGUGACAUAUGACGGGCGCCUGCGCGGGUACUUGGUCUCUCAGACCGACGGCUUCAAGCUGCACCACACCUUCCGAUUCGCGGGCGGGGUCGGCGCGGUGACGUACUGCGCACUACAUUCGACGCUCUACGUAGCAGGCUUGCCUCGCGGGCCUGGGAAGGACCCAUCAUCGCCUCUCAGCGCGGGCAUCACAGCAUGGCGCAUCCUGAACGACGAGCCGUUCUACAAGCUGAGCGUGGUGUGCGACCAGCUGGAGGCGCGUCUGGCCAACCAGCGCUUCCAGGUCUACAUACCCUUCGUGUCGGCCAAGCACCUGGCCUUCAUAGUCCAAAUGGUGCUGUCGCCCGACGCCAGCCGCCUCGUCUGCCUGCACUGCAACGGCGACGUGUCAAUAUGGCGGCUGCCGCUCCUCAAGUUAUUGCACCGGCACCCGCUUGCGUCACAACCACAACACGACUUGCGCAGCCCGCUGGUGAGCGACAAGCAAGCCAAGUGCGACACCGCCACCUUCCUGGCGGCUGACGUCAACUGGUGGAGCAACGAGGAAAUAAUAUUAUCGCGGUUCAGCGGCGCCGUCACGGUGUGCAAUAUUGAGAACAUGGUCAACUUGCUGGGGAAAAAACCAGAGUUCUUCCAAGGGACUCCGCAGGUAACUUGCGCACACGAUGGAGCGUUCAUGGCUCUAGAAUGCGAAUCAAAUGUGCUGCCGGCCAAGAAGUCUAGAAGUGAUGAAAGUAUGGAAAUGGUAAAAAUAGAAGAAGCUAUCGACGAUUCCAUGUACGAGCUGGGCAAGGAGUUGCUCAAGUCCGUGUUAUACGCGAUCACGGAUAUGGAAACUUUCCAGCCGAAGCCGCGCCGCAUCACGGUCGUGUCACGGAUCUAUCGCUUGCUUGGAGUCAAAAGCACCACGCCCACUGAGUUGUUUUCGAGGAAAAUCGAAAGUGGCAGCUACAGCGAAGCGCUAACAUUAGCCGAAACUUUCAAAUUGGACAGUGACCUGGUUUACCAACAACAGUGGAGGAAGAAUCCAGUCUCAACUGAUGCCAUACAAAAAUAUUUGAGUAAAGUAUCAAAGAAGAUUUGGGCCGUCCAUCAGUGUGUAGACCGUUUGCCAGAAACGCUACCUGCAGCUAAAGAACUUUUACAGUUUGGUUUGGAGUUAACCAAUGAACAUAUCUUACAUGAGAUCAACAAAGAUCGUGAUGAAGAUGAUCUAAAAGACCCUGAUGAUAUACGUCUGGAAGAUCUUAAUUCUUAUACCAGUGAGUUGCUAAGGUGUCGCCACGUCAUGCUCUUUUAUAAAGAACGCCUGAAGCUAUACGAGUCGAUUCUAAAGAGCGAGAAGUCAACAUACGCGAAAGACGAGUACGACCGCCUUCGCAGCCACAGCCUUGUCCACAGUUCCAUAGAGAUUGCCAAAGAAGGCCGCAUAGAUGCGCUCACUUGUCUAUGGCCAAAUAUCAAAUCUGUGGCCAUGCAGCUGACGGUACUGGAGCACUUGCCAGAGACAAUCAAUCCGUUGGAAUACCAACAUCUUUUGCCGACGAAGCACCCGUUCAAACAUUGGUUUGACAAGAAGUCUCCUAUCAAGGUUAAAGCAACGGAGUAUGAGCAUGAUUGGUGCAGGAAGGAAAUAUUCAGAUCCAUAUGGAGUUCGAACUGGUCAGAAGACACGACGCCCGAGAGCGAGGCCCCAGCCGCUCUGACCACGGUCACAGACCACGAUAUUGCGGACUGGUACAACAAGCGAGCGCGUGAGAUCGAAGAACGUAGCGGCCUCGCUUCAUAUGCGCUACACUUGGUCACUUUAGCAACAGUCGGCGGCGGCGUUGAAGGCCUAGACCUUAUCAUGUUCCACCUACUGACGCUGGAUACGCUGAUAUAUGAUAUCAAUGUGGAAGGCGUCACGCUGGCGUUCAUUGAGAAACUUUCGACGCUUCACACUUGCAUGCUGCUGAUGAAGAUGUCCACGCCAGCGACGUUCGUGGCAGAUCUGAAGGCGUUCGUGAUUCCGUUCCUGAAGCGUUACGAGAAUUUGACGCUGAACAAAGCCGCCUGCAUCCACGGGCUCACUGACUACCUCCAAAAUAUUAGCACUGACGAUCUCUCCAUGAUACUGUUGGUAUUGCAAUCUCCCAACGAGUUCGAGCUGGAUGUCCGAACCCACCUGGACCUGGUGGAGCGCUGCCUGUUCGCGCACACCGGCACCGACCAGCUUGAGAAGGCCAUCCUCAUGCUCGACACCAUCCUCAAGGAGUCGGAUGGCAGCAUCUCCGAAAGCGAACUAGUGCGUCGCGUGGGCAUCCUUCAGAAGCUGGUGUCGGGCUGCGAGCGCAUGGCGCGGCGCGGCGUCAAGCUGUCGCUGCAGGACCUGCGAGCUGUCUACACCGAGCACCCGCAGGCCAAGAUGCUGCUCAUACGGCUCUCCCGGACUUUGGCCCUCGAGGGCGAGAAGCCGUCUCCACAAGACUGGGCAGAGCUGCUCAAAGAUUUACUGGAGCUGCAGUCAAACCUGUUCUUGUUAUGCAUCACCAAGGAUGAAGUUUACGAGAUCUACGCAUCCGCUCUGCUAUCAUCAGGCGAUACGAACAGCAUUAAGCUAGCUUCGGACGUGCUGACAUGCUCGCCGAACGCUCGGCGCGGCGCGCACAACGUGCCGUAUGCUCGCAGCGUGCACCUCGUCACCAUCGCAGCGCGCGAGUACUUCAACUCGGCGUCAUCGCUCAACGACACCGCGCUCGAGGCGCCGAGGUGCUGCUUGCAAUUGAUUCAAGAGGGGAAUCCCGAGAUAGAAGAGGAGCUGGAUCUUAUUGCAUCCCUUCAAAUCUUAAGCGCUUUCGAUUUGAACCUUCUUCCCAUUCAAGUUCGUCUAUGCGAGGACCGGAUGACGCUGAUCGAAGAUUGCUUGAAAGCGGACCCUAACGCUUAUCUGGCGAGUCACAAGCUGCUCAAACUGGCGAAGCUCCUACGAGUGUCUGGCAAUGACGAACAUUUGAGGGAAGCCCGCGUGUUGCAACUAGUGGGCAGCGCGGCCAUCAACGCGGGCCCGGCCGGCUGGGGCGCGGCGGCGGACGCGGCGCGGCGGCUGGCGGCGCUGCAUCAUGCGCCCGCGGCGGCAUUGCUGGCACAUGUAGCGAGGGUUGCGCACGCGCACGCUGACCUUGAUACGCGCCGGUAUCUAUUGGCAGCGGCCGCGGCGCAUCAACCUGCAGACGGGUUGGAGGAUGUGCUCACAACUAGACUGGCACUUGAGCUCGAAGAUUUGCAACCAAUGGCAGCAGCUCUGAGAGAGCAACCACAUCUGAGUGAGCGCUGGCCUUCCACCGAUGAUGAAUUUGACGACGCUAUCACCACACCCGUCAUAGAGAAGAAGGAUCUGGUGGCGCCGCCGCAGCCCGACAAGAAGGCGCCGCUGUUCACGUAUCUGCUCGACUCCAUUCAGAGCAAGUUUCUUCUGAGUGACAAAUCGUCAUCAGAGGACUCCGACGAGCGGACCGUCCACUGCCCCGAGUUCUACCGCUCGCUGUACCCGCAGCACGCGGCGGCGGGCUCGUGCUACGGGUACGCGCGGUUCACGGCGCCCGCGCCGCCGCCAGCCGCGCGUCUGCUGGCCGGGUACUAUGCGCACGCCUGUCUGAACCACGCCGCGCCCGCCGCGCCUGCCGCCGAACCCGCGGUUGUCCAAAAAUGCGCGGAAGAGAUUCUCUACAAAGACACGCCUCUAAGCGUAGCUUGUAUGCUACGCUCGACGCAAGACUAUGCUCGCACUAAGAAGCUCCUAGACACCCACAACACCGACACGGCCGUCAGCGCCACGCUCUACGCCACGCUCAUGAAGUGCAACGCGCCGGAGUUGAGGGAUAAUGUCUACCUGACUCCGCCCUCUGUGAUGGCUCAAACAACUCUAAAACAAAAGAACGCGUCGCAAGAGCAACUCGAAAUAAUCCGGGAGUGCAUCGACCGGCUGACCGGCAUGGGCGAGGUGGAGCGGCUGCGGCGCCUGGGCUACGGCGUCAACGGGCUGCUGUUCAACGCCGACGACGACUACCGCGCCGAGACCGUGUACCGGGUCGCCAGGUCCAAGGAGCCGGAGCACGUGGAAGCGGCGUGCUCGCUGGGAGCCAAGUACGGGCUGAGCGCGCUCGACGUGUGGCUGCAGCACGCCGCCGCGCACGCGCACGCGCCGCUGCCGCCGCCCGCCGCCGCCACGCGCCAGCCCGGCGCGCACGACAGAAUCAAAGAGACCCUGUGGCCUCUGAUCCGUGGCGACGACCACAGCGCGCUCAUCAACCUGUUCACGAUCCUCAAGGGCAUCGACGACAAGCCGCCGCUGUUCGGCCUCACCGCCGCCGAGCACAUCAAGCUGUUGAAGAAGGUCAAGGCUGCUUCUUCAGAGCUGGACUACAAAAUGCUGCUAGAGCAGCCCACAGCAGAUCAGUACUCGGCGCACCUGCUGCGUGUCCUCAAACCUGAAAACGUGGGCAUGGUGGUGAAACUCAUCAGGACCCUGCCGCCUGCCUUCAAGCCGCCGUUGUCCGUCAACGCGCUGUACACCAUGUGGCUCACCAGGCUCUUCUUUAGUGUGCCGCCGAGCGCUGCAAGUAAUAAGAAAUGGAUGCAGCAGUACCGGCAGUGCGCGAGCUACUUCAACAAGCUGGCCAAGGACGACCUGCAGGAGUUCGUGGCCAACACCUGCUUCACAAGAGAAGCUAUUGAACGCGUACCGGCCGGCACUCGCAGUCUCAUGAUAAUGCAAGCAGUGGACUACUGCCAGCAAGAGCAAGAGAACGACUUCAAGUUCAAUAAGAACGAGCAAACGUGGGCGGGCGUGGGACAGGAGCUGUCCCGCUGGGCGCGCUUCCUCGACAACUUCCAUUCCAGCACCAUACAAGCGCUAGUUGACGGAUCUGGAGUGCCGCGCACAGAGAUAUGGCCAGAGAUAGAAAUGAGUCACGGUGACCCGGACAAGGUGAUAGAACAAGCGGCGGCGCUAGUGUCCCGCGGAAUGCGAGCGGGCCCUCUAAGCUCGCUGCUGCAGUGCCUCGUGGGCGAAGACAGCCACCGCGCCUUUGAACAUCUGGCGCGGCACGCGAAUACUCUACAAGACGUGGAAACCCUAGUGGACAGGAUAAUGCAGUACCACAAGGAAGGCGUGAAGUUUCCCGAAGAACUCCUCGAGAGCGUGAUGCACGCGGGCUCUUCCCUAGGGCUGCCACCACACAAGCAAAUCGCGCUGUUGUCGCUAGGGCGAGCGCGCGUGCUGUCUGGCGACGACCUGCCGCGGGUGGCGCGUUAUACCGCCGACCUGCUGCGCGGAGAGUGGCCUGACCUGGAUUAUGUACGGGAGCUGACGGAAGAGAAGCUGUUAACCCCUGAAGGCCGGUGCGAGGCGUUCUCGACGCUAAUAUGCGCGGCCGACACGUGGCAGCGACGCAAAGCGCUUGUCGACGCGCUUAACUGCUGGCCGCAUACGCUUAACAGCGACUCGCGAAGCCUCCACUGCGUGUACUUAGAAUCGUUGCUGUCUUACACCAGUGAGCUGAAGGAAAGUUUAGUGCUGAUUAAGCUGCUGCUUAGGAGACCAGUGUUAAAUGAAGAGGAAAUAAAAUGGGUGUUGGAGUCCGUGCACCCGGCGGCCUGCGUCAACGCUCUCUGGACCGCCGCACUCGCGCGCGCGCCGCCCGCCGCCGUGCUGGCGUUACUGCGCGCGCACAAGGAAUCAUUCCGCAAGCAAGAAAUCGACGACGAACUCAUCAAGGAGUUACUGGACAGUGGAAUAUUUAUAAAAUUAGUUUCUACCCCCAUAUACUCAUCAGUUAUAAACUACAUUAUUAGCAGAGAAUCUUCUAGCGACGAGGCCUCUAACGCCUACACUGUGUCGUGGGCGGUGGAGGAGCUUCGCAAAGCCAACUACUUAGCAGAAGCUGGGCACCUGCAAUUCCUGGCCAUCGGGGUUCCGUCGCCACUCAGGGGAUUCUCACAAUCUAUACAAUAUUGCAAAAAAAUGUUUAGCAAAAAAAUAUAAUCAUUCUAUUCUAUAGUU